AUGGCAAUGGCGACGAUGGCCUACUUUGGAGGAGAUGACGACCUUGCCCUGUCAUCUCACGCUUUGGACGCGCUCAAAGAAUUUUAUGCCGAUAGGGACGCGCUGAAGGCCAGGUUCGAGGACCUCAAGACGGACGCCGAGAAGCGCCAUGCUGAGACACUGUCCAUUCACGACUUUGGCGAGGACUGGCAGGCUUCGCAGUUCUGGUACUCUGAUGACACGGCAAACCUGAUCGCCAGGCAGCUGCUGGACGGGGCGACGCCCGAGACCACCAUCGCGGCCAUUUCGGCGCCGAGCGUCUUUAUUGCACUCAAGAACGCCAUCGCCUCGUGGGAUCAAGACUCGAGGCCAAAGCUGGUGCUUCUGGAGUACGACUCGAGGUUCUCAAUAUUCCCGGAAUAUGUAUUUUACGACUACAACCAGCCCCUGAAGC